AUGUAUAGACGGACUUUACGGGUUUUGGACCGGCCGGGCCUGGCGUCGAAACACUCGGUGAAUCGGCCUCCUACGCCUGAUGAAGAAGAUGUUUCGGAAGAUUUCGAGAAAGACGAGCUCACGCUUCGAGAAAUCAUCAACAUCAAGUUGGUAGAGAGCGGAGAGAAGGAGAAUCUGAUGGAGCUCGUGAGAGAUAGAUUGGUGGAGUCUGGUUGGAAAGAUGAGAUGAGAAUUGCUUGCAGGGAGCAUGUAAAGAAGAAAGGGAGGAAAAAUGUUACGGUCGAUGAACUGAUCCGAGUGAUCACUCCAAAAGGCAGAGCUUCAGUACCAGAUUAUGUCAAGGAAGAACUGUUGAACAGAAUUCAAAACUUCAUUGUAUCAGCUGCUCUUUGA